UCAAUGCAACUGCUCACAUAAGCACUUACUAAUAAUAAAGCUGUGUUUGUAUGUAAUUUCCAUGGAGUGCUGCCGCUAACACAUAUGGAGUGUCAAGAGGAAAAGCCGAUCAUCUAUACUAUGGAAAACAAGCCGAUUGUAACAUGUGCUGGAGACCAGGGCUUGUUUACGUCUCUCUAUACCUCAUUGGCCCAACAGCUUCCCCGGGAGCCAAUGGAGUGGAGGAGGACAUACGGCCGCGCACCAAAAAUGAUCCACCUUGAGGCUAAUUUUGUUCAGUUUAAAGAGGAGCUGCUCCCCAAGGAGGGCAACAAGGCCCUGCUCACCUUCCCCUUCCUCCACAUCUACUGGACUGACUGCUGUGACACAGAGGCAUAUAAGAGCUCGGUGAAGGAGGAUAUGCUGCGCUGGCAGAACAGCUUGCGGACUCACAGCUCAGCAGACUGGGUCAUCAUCGUCGUGGAGACCAACGACACGAAGAAGAAGAACAAGACCAACAUCCUGCCUCGCUCGUCCAUCGUGGACAAGAUCCGCAGCGACUUCUGCAACAAGCAGAACGACAGGUGCGUGGUGCUGUCGGAUCCUCUGAAGGACUCCUCCCGCUCUCAGGAAUCCUGGAAUUCCUUGCUGCUGAAGCUGCGGACCCUCCUCCUCAUGUCCUUCACCAAGAACCUGGGCCGCUUCGAAGACGACAUGCGCACGCUCCGAGAGAAACGCACACAGCCUGGCUGGAGCUUCUGUGAAUACUUCAUGGUCCAGGAGGAGCUUGCCUUUGUGUUUGAAAUGCUGCAGCAGUUUGAGGACGCCCUUGUCCAGUAUGAUGAACUAGACGCUCUUUUUACCCAGUACGUCCUUAACUUUGGAGCUGGAGAUACAGCCAACUGGCUUGGCUCGUUUUGCGCUCCGGUGCGCAGCUGGAGCGGCUUACUGCUGCGGCGGCCCAUCGACAUGGAGAAGAGGGACGGGAUCCAGAGAGGGGAAGCCAGCCUACUAGACCUGAGGAGCUACCUGUUCUCCCGCCAGUGCACCUUACUCAUCUUCCUCCAGAGGCCCUGGGAGGUGACUCAGAGAGCCCUGGAGCUGCUGCACAACUGCGUCCAGGAGCUACGCCUGCUGGAGGUGUCGGUGCUGGAGGGGGCGCUGGACUGCUGGGUGUUCCUAAGCUGCUUGGAGGUUCUGCACAGGAUCGAGGGCUGCUGCGAUCAGGCCCAGCUGGCUGCAAACUGCUCCCACACUGUCGGUCUGUGGGCCUACGCUACUGACAAGUUGAAGUCUCUGGGUGAACUGUGUGGCCUGGUGUCAGAGAAGGGCCCCACGUCUGAGGACCUGAACAGGACUGUGGAUCUGCUGGCUGGACUGGGAGAUGAGAGGCCUGAGACUGUCAACAGUCUGCAGAGCCCUUACAAGAAGCUAAAAGAAGCGUUGUCAUCAGUGGAAGCUUUUGAAAGGCACUAUCUCGAACUAUCUCAUGCUGCUAUGGAGAUGUACAGGGCCAUCGGUCGACUGAGGUCCGCCAGACUGGUGGGAAAAAGCCUGGCUGAGUUCUACAUGAGGAAGGGGGACCCUGAGAAGGCGGAGACCUUCUUACAGGAAGCUCUGAAGUCUUAUGUAUCAGAGGGCUGGAGCCUCCCUGUCACUCACACCAGGAAACAGAUCGCUGAGUGUCAGAAAGUGCUGGGCAGAACUGUAGACUACCUGCAGACCAGUGCCUUGUUGGCAGGUGAUGUGAAUCUGACCACAGAGGAGAGGAAGCACUUUUGUCAGGAAAUUCUGACCUAUGCCGGCAAGUCUGGAGAUCAGUCUAAACAACUAUCUCUCAGCAUGGGCGUCUUCUCUCAGCUCACGCGGCUACAGUUCCGUCCAGCCACAGCCUCCGUGCAUUCCGGAGCCGUCCUGCAGGUGGAGCUCACCCUGCGAUGUUUGAUGCCCGUUUCGGUGCACAUACAGCAAGUCGCCGCCAGCAUUCACUUCGACCUGGAGCACGCGGGGAUUCACGGAAGAUCUAAGGGAGCUCAGAGACAAACAAACCCAGGGACAGUAGACUUUAACCAGGUUAGCUCGUCAGCGGGGCCUCCCUCCUCCUCCUCGGCCGGGGGCCCUUCUUUAGAGAUGGACGAGAUUCACGACAGGAGUCCCUCGGACAAUUCUCUCAACUCGGCGGGGGUGGUGUGUAAGAACACUCACCUGGUCAUGCGUCGUCAUGACAGCAACUCACCGCCGGACACGCCCAACUGCGUCAGCCCUCCUGCUGUUACCAUGAAGGAAGGAGCACAGAUGCUGAAAGUUCAGGAUGUAACGUUAGAGCCUGGAAAUAACAGCAUCGUAUUUACAGCACCAAGUGGACAGCCAGGUACUUACACGCUGCGUCAGCUGUGUGCCACAGUAGGUCAGGUGCAGUUCGUGCUUCCUCACAUCUACCCAUCGGUCCAGUAUGAAGUAUAUUCUCAGGAGCCCCAGCUGACUGUGGAGCCUCUCUCAGAGCCGCUGCUGGCCGGUCUGCCUCAGAAGGUGAAGUUCACUCUGUUGACGGGUCACUACACCGUGAAGAAAGGAGACGCUCUGCAGCUCAGCAACACAGACACCAUGCCCAUCCUGCCAUCCAACAGCUGCACCGCCUCCAUCAGCAACCCUGCUGCUGAGGUGGUGGGCGAAAGCGUCCUCUCCAUCCAAUCGUCCGAGAAGGUGACCAGCAUCAGCUUGCCCCCCACCCCUCCCUACCACACCCUGGAGUUCCAGCUGGAGGUCCUGUGCAUCAUCCCGUCCGGGUUCGACCGGCCCCCCAACGAGAGGCUGACCAACGGAGAGGUCCGACACCGGCCACGCAGCUACAGUCACCCAGACACGCCCAUGACCGCCAUCGACCAAAGGAUGUCUAUCGACUGUCCGUGGUCGAUCUACUCCACGCUGCUCGCCCUCACCUUCUACAUCCCCUUCAAGACCAAACACUCACUGCUUUCUGCUGGUAACAGGAAGUACAUCCAGGUGUGUGUGCAGAACGUGUCAGACGUGAACUUCACGCUGGCAGAAGUGAAGCUGACAGAGAAGCAGCACGCCUCGCUGGAGCUGCAGUCCCUCAACACUAAAACUAAACAGCUUUUAUGCAGUAAGCACAGCGUGUUCUGCUUGUGGGAGGUGAGGUGGAAGGACGACCUGCCCCUUUGCCUCCAAUGCGUUUUCUCCGCCAACUUCUCUCCGCUCAACCAAGACGUCUCCUCCUUCAAACCCUUCCACUACCAGUUCCAGCUGGAGAGAGUCACAACGUUGUACAGCGUGAGAGCUGAGAUCCUGCCUCCUGUCGGCGAGCAGCACUGUCGCUCAGGGUUGCUCUGCGGGCUGGAGGUGUGUAUCACACGACUGAGCGAGCCUGCAGAGGGAGAGAUGACAGAGGAGAGCAAGACCGACACUGACGGCCUCAAAACCACCAAACUCAUGUAUGAAGUGGCUGACAGCAGCAGUAACUGGGCGGUGUGUGGGAAGAGUUCGGGGAUGGUGUCCAUGCCCAUCUCUGCCAACGCAACCCACAAGGUGCAGAUCGAGGUGAUGCCUCUGUUCGCCGGACAUCUGCCUUUCCCUAAGAUCAAAGUGCUCAAAUACCUGCCACACACUGCAGCAGUGGCCAUCCAGCCAGACCCUGACAGCUGUGUGGAGAACGACAGCCUGUCCCUGCUGGACAAGACGCUGGACGACCAGGGGGACACGGCGAGCAUCCGCAGCCGGGGCAGCGUUCACUCAGUGGGCAGCGGCGAGCAGCAGCAGAAGGGCGUGGCCAUGCCGCGCCUGGAGCCCUUCAGCCCAGGACAGGUAUUCAACCACAGCCAGACACGGCAGGUCCUGGUGCUACCUGCCACCGACGACCACAUCAUGGAAGUCAACGCUACAUGACCCUGGUGGCUGGACCACCCGCCCCCCCUCCUUAUAGGACUGAACCCCCAGGCCCUGGAUGGACUCUGUUGAGCUUUUUUUUGCUCCAGGGCAGACGGGGGUACACGAGUCCAUUUUGAAGACUGCUGCAGAUCGCUGUGACAGACCCCCCCCCCCCCCUUCCUCGUCCUCCUCUUCGUCUAAAGCAUGAAACGUUCACAUCACUGGAGACAUUAUGGACUAGACACAGUGAAGAGCCAAUGACAUCUGCUGAUACAUUUAAAUAAAGAAUUUUUCUUUGCCAUACUUUGUACAUAGCUCAUUGGAUGGAUUUAUAGUUAUAAAUAUAUAAAUAUAUAUAUGGACUGAACCAGAUGGGCACCCGUCGUGCUCCAUUCGAACUGAAGAAUAACACUCCUGAUUGUCCCAUGAUGCACCAAAGCCCUACGUGUGUGUGUGUGUGUGUGUGUGUGUGUGUGUGUGUGUGUGUGUGUGUGUGUGUGUGUGUGUGUGUGUGUGUGUGUGUGUGUGUGUGUGUGUGUGUGUGUGUGUGUGUGUGUGUGUGUGUGUGUGUGUGUGUGUGUGUGUGUGUGUGUGUGUGUGUGUGUGUGUGUGUACGCCUCAAUCAGCUUCUCAAGUACUGUAACUCUUGACUGAGUAUGUCCAGCUGUGAGUCUCACCACUCCUGCAGUCUUCGCUUUCACAUCUGAGACUUUUGCCUUCGAUAGUUACAUCUGAGUCACAAACAUACGCUGCUGUUUUUAAACUGGAAUCAAACCGGGGCACUUUAACAAACCCUGCGCGGGGGCUCGUCCCUAAAUUCAGGAUCAUCAGACUACACAAAGUGUUGUCAUGAGGAGUGUGUCAUAGUGGGACACGUCUUUUAAUGUCCAAAUAAAAAGAUGAUGUGUAGAAUAGUUCUGCUUUUGCUCGGCUAGUUUGAGAACGCUCUCUCAUGUAUAACAGUAUACACACUGAGAAGUAAAAUAGAGGAAUAUUAAUGCUGUGAUACGCAACACUGAGGUUGGUCCACAGAACUGUCCAAGCUGUGAUUGGUUGAGGUCAAUCAUUUAUGACAGUAUAUACCGUGACCAUCUCGCAAAAGGCUAAAUUAUUGUGUAGUCUGAUUCUGACUCAUUUCAUUUCUGAUCACAGAUUGACAGAUAAGUUAAAGUUGUACUUGUCUUUGCGCUGGAGCAGACUGGUCAGAGUCAAUCUAUGGUAAUAAUUCUAGUUCCUAAGUCCUAAAAUGAUCACAGGUCCAGCAAUUAGACACUUACCAAGUUCUCGUGAAGUUCAGCUGCUUCUGAUAUCUUCAUGUAAGUGUCUUAUCUGAGUCAUAGAAACAGCUCUACAACCACUCAAAUGUAAAUUCAGAUAGAUUUUAAAAGAAUGAUAGGUGCUUAUUAGUUUAUUUAUUAACCCUUUUAGGCCAGAUCUGAUAGAAAUAGAGCCUCAGUCAGUAAUAGAUGCAUUCUGGGGGACAGAAAAUUAACACAUUUAUAAAAAUGAAAUUAUUUAAAUUUUCCAAAUGUAUUUAUAUGUAUAUACAGAUUUAGAUAAAGUCUUCAUGAUAUCCACUUGUAAAAAAAAAAAAAAAAAGAACAUGAAUCUUGUGAAAUGAUUUUAUAUUGGACAAAAACAGUCCUUUAUGUUCUCUGACUCAAAUAUCAGCACAAAACUCUCGGAUUUAAAACCACAGAUGACUCAAGAGGCUCAGACUGUAGCGGUGUGUGUGUGUGAUGUGUGUUUCUGUCCAACUGUAGUUGUGUGUAUGUGUGUGAGGGUCUCAGUGUAUGUUUGUGUUGGAGUGUGUUUGACCAGGUGAUACUUUUAAUGAAUGAUCAACCAGUGCACAUUAUUGUCUAUCUAUUGUCUUACCUUUCAGUGGAUUGUUCACAUGCAGUGUGCGUAUAUUUAUUCUGUGCGUGUGCGUGCGUGCGUGCGUGUGUGUGUGGCCAAUUAAGUGUCCGAGCUAUGCACACAUAACAUGAGCUGGUGAGUAGAUGAAUGAAAUAAAUGAAUUAAUUAAUUUAUUCAUUCAUUUAUUUGAAAGAAUGAAUGUUAGCUACUUCUGUCCCCUCUCACAUAACCCCCUCCCACCUCCAGACAGACACACACACACACACACACACACACACACACACACACAUACAGCGUAACUACAGCCUUGUGCUCUUCUUUGACCACUGUACAUACUGAUCUGUAAAUAAUGAUUCAAAUCAAAAUCA